ACAGAAUAAUAACAAUACUCAAUCAAUAUAAAACUAUGGACUCUGAAAUAGACCCAUCUCUUCUAUCAGUUCCACUCACCCAAGAUUCAACGACAUCAAGGCCAAGAAGUAUUAGGAAACUCUCAGCUCAUGAGACAUGGUCACAUACUCGUACGCCGCGAGAGGGAGAACCAGAGCGUCAAGGAAAGAACCGUCUUUUCUACUGCAAGUACUGCGAAUCCUAUAGUGCUCAAGCAAGUAACAAUUUUCGUGAUCAUCUUAAGAAAAAACAUGGGAUUGAUAUUCAACCUACAUUAGGUCCAGUUCAAUCUGCAACACUGGAUCAGUUGCAACAGUUGUACCUCCGAGCAAUAUCAUCAGGCCAAACACAAGAGAUCGAUACUCAAGUUCUUCAGAAAGUCCUAGAUAAGGACAUGAUUAAUGAGGCACUUGUUUUAUUAAUUGUUACGCGAAAUCUCCCAUUUAAUGUUGUUGAAUGGCCUGAGUUUCAUGUUUUUUGCCGACUACUAAAUCCAGAGGCAGACAACUUCAUUACAACGGCACACUCUGAAAUCGCAAAGAAGAUUGAACAAUCAUAUGAAAGUCAAAAGGAUACUAUACGGAAAAUCCUUCAGUCAGCAGAGUCAAGUAUCCAUCUUUCACUUGAUAUUUGGACAUCACCAAACAAGCUUCUUUUCCUUGGAAUUUGUGCCCAUUUUGUUGGACGAGAUCAAGGAAAAUUAUCAAAAGCUCUAAUUGGGCUUCGUACAGUUACAAAUCAUUCUGGAGUAGAGCAAUUUGCUACUCUUCUUCCUGUUCUUCAAGACUACGGUAUCGUACAAAAUAUCGGAUCUAUUAUUGCCGAUAAUGCAAGUUCAAAUGAUACCCUUUGCCGUGCAAUAGGUGAAUACCUUAAUAAGGAAGAAGGGCUCCAGUGGAAUGCUUUAUUCAAGCGUAUCCGCUGUAUUGGCCAUGUGAUUAACUUAGCUGUACAAGCUUUUCUAUUUCACAACUGCAUUGAAAUAGAUCAACUUGGAUUAUACGAGAUCCAAGAAGAAACAGGAGAGCUUGCAAGUAAUAUCUCUAUCCAGCAGACAUUUCGUGUCAUGGGACCAUUAGGAAAAUGUCAUAACAUAGUUAUACAUAUCCGUGGCUCAGCUGCUCGUACAGCAUAUUUCAAGACUCUUGCAGGUAGAAUGAUUCCUCUAGACAACCGAACAAGAUGGAAUAGCUGGUCUUAUAUGUGUGAGGUGGCACUGGAUUACUCAAGUGCAAUUGAUACUUAUACAAAGGAGUAUCUGGAUGAUCUUCAGGAUGAUUAUCUAACGCCGAGUGACUGGUCAAGGCUUCGUACAAUUAAUCAAUUCCUUAAACUAUUCCGUCAAGCAACUCUAGUUACUCAAGGGCAUCAAGCAACGAUCGAUCGUGUACUCUUUACAAUGGAUGUCCUUAUUAAAUACUUGGAAAAAACCGUUGUUCAAUAUCGUGAAGAUAAAGAGUUUUGCUCUCGGGUUCAGAAAUGCUGGGAUACUUUUGAUAUAUAUUACAGCAAGACUGACGACUCACCUCUUUAUGCUGCUGCGCUUAUACUUCAUCCAAACCGUCGUACAAGAUAUAUCCACGCGAAUUGGAGAACGACCUGGCAAAAGCCUGCCAUAAACAAAGUUAAGAAGCUUUGGCGCACCUACCGAGAGAGGGCUCCUCCUCUGGCAAUAAUAGGGCCAUAUAGCAAAGCUUUAGAGGACCCCGACAAAGAACUUUCAGAGUUUGAUCAGAUUGUACGUGACCUAAACAGUUUUACUCGGCCAGCAAGUCAGGAUGAGUUUGAUGAUUAUUGCAGUGGAGAGCCAUACGAUCCUGGAGAUGAAUCUGCUCUUUGGUGGUGGUCUCAAGAGAAACAAAGAAAGCGUUGGCCAAGGCUCUCACUCAUGGCAAUUGAUAUUCUUUCUAUUCCAGCCAUGAGCGACGAGCCUGAGCGAGUGUUUUCAGGAGCACGCCGUACAAUAUCAUGGGAUAGAUCAAGGCUAGGGGCUGAGAUUAUUGAGCAGGUGGAAUGCUUGAAAAGUUGGCAUCAGGGUGAACUGUUGAAGGAGGAUUUCGAGAAGUAG